CUACACGCUGGUCAACAACUUUUGAUUGCCAGCAUACGAGAACGGUUUUGGCCUCUUCAUUUGAGGAGUUUAUGCAGAAAGGUGGUACGAAACUGCGUGCGCUGUUUCCGCACACGGCCAAGGCUUCAAGAACAAGUCAUGGGCGACUUGCCACCAGAACGAGUAUGUCCGGCCCCUCCAUUUACCCGAGUAGGCGUGGACUAUUGUGGUCCCUUCAAAAUUCGCUUUCCACACCGCAAGACUGAUGUUCGAAUUUGCUACGUGGUAAUCUUUAUUUGUCUAGUCACUAAGGCUAUUCAUCUUGAGAUGGUAUCCGACCAAACAACAGAUGGCUUCAUAGCAGCUCUUCGCCGUUUAGUUGCUCGACGAGGACGACCAGAGAUCGUAAUGUGUGACAACGCCAGAUAUUUUGUGGGAGCAAAAAGAGAAUUGGAUCAACUCCGUCGAUUAUUCAACUCACAGGCAUUCACGAAUUCGAUUCCCCAAGCUGCAGCGAGUGAAGGUAUCAACUUCAAGUUUAUUCCACCCCGGUCUCCCAACUUCGGAGGCCUAUGGGAAGCAGCGGUUAAGUCCAUGAAAUAUCAUCUGAAGCGAACACUCGGGACUGAUAUUGUUACACCGGACGAGUUCUAUACAUUACUAACUCAGAUCGAAGCAUGUCUAAACAGUCGUCCAUUGACCCCUGUUAGCAACGACCCCACGGAUUUGGAGGUACUCACCCCGGGACACUUCCUUGUUCAUCGUCCGAUGUCAGCUAUACUAGAGCCUUCGUUGGAAGCUCUGCGAGAAAAUACCUUGUCGAGAUGGCAAAGAGUCCAGAGAUACCUGCAAACCAUUUGGAAAAAGUGGUCCACAUCGUACUUAUCAAAUUUACAAAAUCGCACAAAAUGGACCACACAGCAAAACAAUCUUACCGAAGGGAUGAUGGUCUUGGUAAAGGACGAUAACCAACCACCACUGCGAUGGUCCCUUGGACGAAUUGUCAACGCACAUACUGGAGACGAUGGAAAGGUUCGAGUUGUGGUAGUCAAAACCAAGGACGGACUGUUCACAAGGGCCAUUUCGAAAAUUUGUGUCUUGCCAAUACAGGACAACGAAUCACUAACUGCUAACAAUCAAAGGACGCAAUAGUCCUUUCAAGGAAGGCGCAACGCGCCCGCGGAGGCCACCCGGUCUCCGCACUCCACUUCGUCCGCAUCCGUCGACGGUCGCUGACCGUCGCAUCAAAUAUGC